CAGUUUCCCGUGGCGGCGGCGAUGGAGGGGGCGGGGGACGUGACUCCUGCCCUCCUGGGGUUGGAGUCGGUGCUGCUGCUCGCCCCGGUCACGGCCCUGGAGUGUGUGGGAGGUUACCUCCUGGCAGGUGAAGGCCCCAACCUGACCGUGUAUAGCCUAAAGUCCGAAGAGGCGCUCGGAGCGGUGCAGUGUGUGCAGAACGUUCUUCGGCAUCACCGGGUCCACGGGCUCAAAGAGCGCGGUGCGCCCGGGAGCGGGCGGCCUUCGGGAACGACGUUGGCCGUCUUCGGGGGCAAAGGGCUCAGGGUUCUGAAGCUUAACGACGGGCAAGACCGAGCCAGCCUGACUCCGCUCUCCCGGCUCUGCGAGCUGCACGACUGGAUAUGGGAUGUUCGUUGGCUACGGGACGCCGUGGGGAGGUCAGCUUGCCUGGCCCUGGCCCUGGCCCACAACUCCGUGCUCCUCUACGACGCUGUCACGCAAGAGGCUCUUCAAGAGGUUCACUGCGAGGAGAAGUGCAUCCUCUAUUCCGCUCACCUGGUUGGCAGCGACUGGCAGGAGCUGGCGCUGGUGGCGGGCACGGUCUUCAACCAGCUGGUGGUUUGGCGCGUGGCGGAUCCCGCCGGCGAGGGAGCGAGAAUUCAGCCGCGAUGGCGGAUCGGUGGGCACAGCGGGGUCAUCUUCAGUAUCUGCUACUCGGAGAAGAAAGGCAUCUUGGCGUCCGCCUCCGACGACAGGAGCGUCCGGGUUUGGAGCGUCGGAGAUCUGCGGACGCUCCGCGGUGCGGUGCGGUGCGUCCUCGUCUGUUACGGUCACCAGUCCAGGGUGUGGGCAGUCAGGUUACUGGGCGAGUACAUCAUCAGCGUCGGGGAAGAUUCAGCGUGUAUCGUCUGGGGCUACGACGGAGAGAGGGUUCAGAGUUUUAAAGGGCACAAAGGGCGAAGCAUCAGGGCGGUGGCCGUGCACGAGGCCCAGAAGUGGGUGAUCACCGGCGGGGCCGACGCGGGUAUCAGACUCUGGAGUCUCCCGGGGCCCGGACCGCGGGGGGACGGCCUCUUGCCCCUAAACCUCGCUUCGUUCACUCCCGGCGGGACCCCCAAAGCCGUAUCGUUGGUCGGCCCGGAGCGGCUCCUCGCCAUGACUGACGGCGGAGCCGUUUACCUUUACGACCUGGAAGUCAGCCGGUGGAAGUUCCUCCUGGAGGACUCGAGUUACCGGUCGUACAGUUUGCUAGAAGCUGCCCGGCUUGCCGGUGCCAGCGGGCUGGGCGCUAUAGGGAAUCUAGAGGGCCGCGUCAAGAUCUUCUCCCUCCACCGUCCCGAGGAGGCCAGAGACGUGAAGUGGUUUGAGGGAAAAGUGCACAGCCUGAGCUGGGUCUCCCCUCCGGGCCCGGAUCCGCCCAACGGGAGCCUUUGCCGCGCCCUCUUCGCUUCGGGCCCGGGGGGUGUCCUGGUGUGGCUGGAUGUUUCCUGCGACCCUUUAGGGCACAUCGGUUCCGUGGUAGAGAGGCGGCGGUAUCUCUUGCCGCCGUGCAAGCAGAGGUGGCACACGUGCGUCGCCUUUUUGCCCCGGGAAGACUUCGUGGUCUGCGGGGACCGCAGGGGGUCCCUGCUUCUCUUCUCCCGUGGGCCGAGCCCGGAAUCCACCGAGGAAGGUCGGCUCACGGGAGGGGAGCGAGAAAGCGAGGCCGACUCGGAGGAGGACGAGGGGGUGGCCGCGUCGGGGUGGUCUCCUGCUCCUUCUGAGGGAGGCCCCGUUUCCCUUCUGUUCGGGCUCCACGGGAAGCAAGGGGUGACGUCGGUGACCUGCCGCGGGGGGUUCAUCUACAGCACCGGCCGGGACGGCCUCCUCCGCCAGCUGUGCGUCCGGGGCAACCGGCUCCGGGUGUUGCGGAAGCAGAAGCCCUGCAAGGGGAUGGACUGGGUUGCGCGGCUCUGCUUCGCCCCCGACGAGAGCCUGCUGGUGCUGGGCUUCCGCUCCACCGACUUUGUCAUCUGGAGCAUGAGGACCCACGAGAAGCUGUGCUCCGUCCCCUGUGGCGGAGGCCACCGGUCGUGGAGUUUCGCGGGCGACCCGUCUUCCGGGGUCUUCGCUUUCGUCAAAGCCGGGGACGUCGCGGUUCACCGGCACCGGGCGGGGGGGCGCGGCGGCGGCGCUCGGGCCGUCCUGAAAGAGUCCCUGCACGGCCGCGAGCUGACCUCCGUGCGGUACGUCGGGACGGUAAGAACGCCGGCUGGCGAACCGGUCGCCGUCCUGGUGACCGGGAGCGAGGACACGACGGUGAACGUCUUGGCUGUCCGGGCCGCCGCCGCCGUCACGCUCGCCACCGUCAGCGUCCACAUCUCCAGCGUGAGGGCCCUGGCGGUGGCCGGGGCGGAGGCGGAUCGGGGCGAGGGGCGCGCGGCCGGCCUGUCCGCCGUCCUCUUCUCUGCGGGGGGUAGGGCGGAGAUAGAGUGCCAUCGGCUGACGGUCCACUGCGACCGCGGGGCCGACGGCGGGGCGGUGAGGUGCCAGGUGAUCCACGUGGCCUCUCACCAGCUUGCUGAGCACUGGGACCACGUGAAAAACAAGCACAAGCUCAUCAAGAUGGACCCGGAAACCAGGUACAUGUCCGUCGCGGUCUUGGCUGAUGCUGCCCUCGGGCAGCCCGGUCCUCGCCUCAUCCUGGCUGCCGCUUGUAGCGAUGGCUCUGUGAGGCUCUUUCUGAUGUGGGAAUCCGCUCCAAAGUUGCUGCUCCUGGCGGAGUCUUUUCACCACCAGCGCUGUGUCCUGAAGGUCCAGUUGUUCACCCACCAGGGAGAUGAUGGAGAGAGGAGGGUGCUUCUGUGUAGUGCUGCGACCGAUGGGAGCAUUUCAUUCUGGGAUGUUACUGCCGCCUUAGACCAGGAAACGGAAACCCGGGGAUCACCCGUCGGAAAGCGAUCGCCCCGUGAUCUGGCACCGCCCCGUCUCACCAUCCGGGCCCAGAGCGGUGGCAUCAACAGCCUCCACGUCAGGCCUGAAGCGGGACGGUACCUCGUGGCCAGCGGCAGUGAUGAUGGCUCCAUCCUGGUGUGCGUCAUCGCCGUGGAGGUGUCGCCCGGGACCCCGCCCCGCCCCGGCGGCUCCCGGCCCCCUCAGCCGCUCCGGCGAGUCCACGUUCGCGUGGUUCAGAAGCUUCUCGUGCUCAGCGCUCACGCGGCCCAGGUCACGGGACUGAGGGUCCUGAGACCGGACCUCGUGGUCUCUGCCUCCAUAGACCAACGGUUGACGUUCUGGAGGCUGAGUAAAGGUGGACUGGAAUUCCUGGGCAGCAGGACCUGUCACGUGGCGGACGCUUCCGAGCUGGACUGUUGGUGGAGCGAGGAGGAGGAGAGCUACCACUGCGUCAUCUCCGGCCAGGGCCUGGAGAUCGUCCGCUGUAGGAUAUGAACGGCCUCUCCCGCAGCGGUUUUCCCGACCCUGGUGGUUGGGCCCAACGCUCAGUCCCGCCGUGUUUUCGAAUAAAGCGUCGGAGUAAAUGGUGACCCCU